AUGUAUGUUAUUUAUCAGAUUCAAUCAAAUUCUAUAUAUCGUGCUAAAAUAAUUGAAAUGGAUUCUAAAAUUGAAAAGAUUAAAUUGCAAUUGAUUGAUGAAGGAGAUAUAGUAGUCAAUGAAUAUGUUGACAAAAUCCUAUUGUACAAUUUUGUUGAAAGUGAUUGUAAUGUACCUGGACAAUUAGUAAUAGAUUGCUCAUUAAGUGACAUGUGGUUCCCUGUUAUAAAUAUUGAUAUUACAUUAAUGUUACAACCACACUUUAAAAUAGGUCAACUAUAUAAGGUACUGUUACUAAAAACUAAUGAGUCUGGUACUCAAGUAGUGCAGAUGUUUCAUAAAGAUACCAAUGUGGAUGUUUCGAAUACUAUACUUCAGUCUGGAAUUGGGCAACGUUUAAAUUCUGCUAUGAAAACCGAUGAAAAUCCAUAUGAAGAAAACCUAUUAAUAGGUCAAAGUUUUGUCGCAUAUGUUUAUAACUAUCAUUUAAAACUCAGAAUUCAACCAGAACCAAAUACUGUCGAUGAACUGGAAGAAGAAAUAGUAAAACAUAUUAAUGAAAAUCCGGACUCUGAAUCAAUGGAUAUCAAUUGUUUAGAAAAUACAUAUUGUUUGGCAACUGUCGAUAACGAUCAAUGGUAUAGAGCUUAUAUUAAAAACAUAAAUGAAGAGUCCAUCAUAGUAAACAUGUUUGAUAUUGGUUUAUUGACUGAUGUUUUAUUAAAUCAGAUUCGACCAAUUACAACUAAUUUAAUGAGAAGACCUCAGCUCUGUUUGAAUUGUUAUUUGGAAAGUAAAGACUUAGAUUUUAAAAUUACUGAAAAAAUACUGUAUAACAUAACAGUAAAAUCUAUCGAUCCUAAUGGAGUGUUAUGUAUAAAUAUAAAAGAACAUUAUUCUGCUCCAUUUUCCUCUCCAAUUGUUCGGGGAAUUGAGAAAAUAUCAUUUUUACACGUUGAUGAUGAUUUGACUUACUUGCAGAGAUCUCAAGAUAUAUCUAAGGUUGCAAAAAUAUCUGAAAAUCUAUCAAAACUUUCUGGUAAAUUAGGAAGUAAAGCUUCCAUAGCACCGGGAGACAUAAACAUGUUUGAAAGCCAUGGUAAAUAUUAUAGAUGUGUAGUUAAAUCAAUUUAUUCCAAAAUAGCAGUUGUACAUUGCAUUGACUUUGGUUAUGAAAAGCUAAUAAAGAAAAAAAAGCUACAAUGUUUGGGGCUUAUUAAAAUAGCAUUGUUACCAGCACUUGUCAUCACUGCUAAAACAUUUCCAAUGGCAUUUAAUAUGUCUAGAACAAUGUUCCUAGCUAAUAUGCAUGUAGACAGCGACGGAACGCGUUAUGCUUCACCAAGCAAAAUUACAUUAGUACAGUCGCAAAACAAAUUAAUGGAAACCCUUGAAAAUGGUUGUUUAGUGAGAGUUACAUGUAUUAACUCUGACAGUGACUGUUGGAUUGUUCCACAUUUACUUAAUGAUAAGCUAAAGAUUAUUUCGGAUGUUCUUGUAAAAAUGCAAUCAAAAAUGAUACCAGCUGUAACUGAAAUUGGUUCCUUAUGUGCUGCAUUACAUUCAAUAACAAAAAAAUGGCACAGAGCUUUGAUAUUGGAUAUCGAUGGAAGUGCUAAAAAUGUUUUGUCAAUAGAUUCAGGUGAACAUUUCAAAUCAUUAAAAACCACUAAAUUGGUUAGUGAAAUUCAGAAAAUACCAAAUUGUGCCUUGCGGUGUCAAGUGGUAUCAAAUGUUGACAUUAAUACACUUUUAAACAAAUAUGUUGAAUGUAAGCUAAUAUCUUGUACUCAGUCGCUACUUGUGGUGAAAUUAUUUGAAAAUUACAUUGAUAACGAAUCAAUAAUUACUUCUACUGUGUCAACUAUGGAGUGGUGUAUUACCAUCAGUAGGUUUGAAUCAUAUGACGAGUUCUAUGUAAAUAAAGCCAAAGAUGAAUGUGGUUCAAAUAAUGAAAAUGUGGACAUACAAUUAAAUUAUAUUGCUAACAACUUAGAUGAUUUUCUACGGCCACCACCUAUCGGUACACUAGUGGCAGCAUUGACUGAUAAAAACGAUGGUUUAUGGUAUAAGGCUGAAGUGUUGAUGCCCAAUAAAACAUAUCUUCUUGUUCGCAUCUUUAGUGAUGGAGACGUUUGUAAAGCAAUACGAAUAAAAGUUCUCCCGAGUAUCUUUUGUGAUGAAAAAUUGUAUUUUCGCUGUUGCCUGGAUCAAGAAAUUGUGGAUGCUAACAUUAGUGAUCCCUUAAAUUAUGAUGUUAUAUCAGAAAUGAUGAUGAAAUAUAAAUGGAAAAUGACAACAACAAGUAUCACUGAACCAUACAGAGUGACAUUGAUAAGUCAUCUUGAUGGUGUACAUUGUUUAGAUCUGUUGGAUACAAUUUUAACUAUAGAUCACCAUGACAUUUCUGAUAGCAGUAAAAUGUCAGAAAAUGGCCCCAUUUUGAGGAAUAUUGUACUUGACGAUCAUUCAAAAUCAAAUUUGGAAAAUCAGUUAAAUAAUAUUCCAGAGAAAAAAAAUAAUGAAAAUAAUUUGAUUAUACCUGAAGUAGAAAUUGUGGUUGUCAAGUAUAUUGAAACAUUCCAAUAUUUUUAUGUGCAAUCUGAGAGUUUGGCAAUGUUGUAUACGUCACGGAUCUCCGAAGACUUGGAUUUGAGCAUAAUUGAAUUACAUUUAAAUAGUUGUAUGGUUGGUUCCAUUGUUGUUACAUACAGUAUUCUUUUAACUGUUGGUGUAGAGCCAAAAUAG